ACGAACUUUAACGAUCGAGCAAAGAAAGAUGUCUCACUACUUCUCCAUCACUCAAAACCAACCUUAAUUACUGAUUAUAAUCCUUUUGCACCGCAAGUUUAAGAAAUUUUAACGAUUGGAAUCGAACAAAUUAAGAUGUCAGUUUUACAUGAUCACGCCCUAACAAUCGUCUCCCUUUCAUUUAUCGGCCUACUCAAACUGGUUUUUUGUUCCAAUUCCAUUCACUACAUCCACCACUACUGCUCUUUAGAAGUUAACAAAACCGAAAACGCCGCUUUCCAAGACAACGUCGACCGCCUCCUCUCCGACCUCUCCUCCAAAUCCUAUGGCAACAGAUUCUACAACUCCACAUCCGGAGACAACGACAAAAAAGUUUACGGCUUAUUCCUUUGUCGAGGUGACGUCUCCCCCGGAGUCUGCCGUGACUGCAUUGACUCCUCCACCAAAAACCUCAAACAAAACUGCACCCGCAACAAAGAGUCAAUCGUUUGGUAUGAGGAAUGCAUGCUGAGAUAUUCAAACCAUUCCAUCUUCGCCACAGAGGAGGAGAUGCCGUGGCGGUAUUGGUGCAGCGUGAACAAAGUUUCCAACAUGGACCAGUUUAAUCAGAGUUUGUCCACCUUGAUGAAUGGGCUUGUGGACAAGGCCGCGUUUGGCAAUACCACUCCACCGUUUUUUGUGACUGGGGACGACAAGAAAGGCGGUGGCCGCAUUUCGAUAUAUUGUUUGAUGCAAUGCACGCCGGACAUAAAUGGGAGUGAGUGUCAAAGGUGUUUGAAGGCGGCUGUCGGCGGUUAUCAGGAGACUUGUGAGGGGAGGACAUGGUCUAUGAUAUUUUCGCCUAGCUGUCAGGUGAGGUAUGGGUCUGAUCCUUUCUAUGGGGAAGGAAAGCCAAUCAAAAGUGGCGGUGGAAGAGGGAAGAACAAAUCAUGUGUGGCUGUUGCAGCGGUAUUGUGCAUGGUUCUGUCUGGCUUAUUGGUUAAUCUACGUGCAUGAUAGAAAUGCUAAAGAAACAUCCCCGAGGGAAGAUCUCAUCCUCUGAACAUAUGAAUUAAGAACAGAUUGGAUUAUUAUGGGUACGUACAAGAAGAAGCAUUUAGUUAGAGCAUCCAUAGUGGGGGGGUGUAUAGCAUAUUUACACCUCAUUUGACCGGAAUCAACUGCAAUGGAAGGGUGUAUCCUGCUGCAAAUUUACACAGCCACCGUGAGAUGGAAAAAUAGAUGGAAGUUUACAUCUAUUUUUGGAAAAU